UUUUGCUGGUUUUCUUCUUAAGCUUGCAAACACAGAGGAGUAUAUAGACGGUGCGUUGUCUGGACACCUGGGUGAAGUUUUGAUAAGAUGCAAUAAUGUUUUGUACAUCAGAGGUGUGGAAGAAGAGGAAGAAGAUGGAGAAAUGAGAGAAUAG